AUGGAAUUAUCAGCUUCAAUAUGGAUUUGGACAAAUAAAGAUAAUAUGAUAGACAUUGGAGAAAUUAUGUCACAAUAUGAAGAAAAUCAAGAAGCUCGAUUGACCCUUGAUGCAAUCUUCAAUGCUGAAAUUAAUGAUAUUUCAGCACCACAUUCAUGCUGUUUUUCAACAAAAAACAAUGAAAAUAAUACAAUUACAUGCUCUGGUUAUUAUCAAAAAGGUUGUAGUGGUCCAUUAAAAACAUUUAUACAUGAAAACGCAAUAAAAAUAAUAACAUCAGCAAUAAUUAUUGUGUCAAUUCAGAUAAUUGAUCUUGUAUUGUCAUUGACAUUUAGAAAAACAGUAAGAGAAAAAAAAGUAGCUAUAGAAAUGGAAACAUGGCAAAUACGUAAUAGCUCCAUUUAUCAUCCAUUGAGCAAUGGUUAUAAUUCAUAUAUACAUUUUGAUUCGAUUUGA